AGCCAUUUUGUUAAAAGUAGUGGUGUGAGAGAGUGGUUGUGUCCGUGUUUCACCGACACACAACCACGGAACCACGGUGAAAUAAUCCACAUAAAAAUACCAAAAAAAAUUAAAAAUCGUGUUAAAAAAAACCAAAAAAAAAUUAAAAAGUCCUAAAACACACAACAAAAAAAUCGAAAAACAGUGAAAACUUCAAGCAACGUGCGUUUUCAUUUUAAUUUUCAUGUUAACAGAGCAAAGCGUUCAUUUUCUUGAGUAAUAUUGUCCUGUUGUGAAUUUCUCACUCUUCCAGUAAAGGAUUAAGCAUGAAUCAAGGGGCCCCGAAUUACCCCAUGGCGUCUCUGUACGUCGGGGAUUUGCAUUCCGACAUUACGGAGGCCAUGCUUUUUGAGAAGUUUUCUUCUACUGGCCCUGUUUUAUCCAUUCGCGUUUGCAGGGAUCUCAUCACCAGAAGAUCUCUGGGAUAUGCCUAUGUGAACUUCCAACAACCUGCUGAUGCUGAGAGAGCUCUUGAUACUAUGAAUUUUGAUUUAAUCAAGGGAAGGCCAAUCCGUAUUAUGUGGUCUCAACGAGACCCUUCAUUGAGAAAAUCUGGAGUAGGCAAUGUCUUCAUUAAGAAUUUGGAUAGGUCUAUUGACAACAAGGCUAUGUAUGACACUUUCUCGGCCUUCGGCAGCAUCUUGAGUUGCAAAGUGGCUCAAGAUGAAAAUGGCACUAGCAAGGGCUAUGGAUUUGUUCAUUUUGAAACUGAAGAGGCUGCAAACAAAUCUAUUGAAAAAGUAAAUGGUAUGUUACUAAAUGGAAAGAAAGUCUACGUUGGAAGAUUUAUUCCACGUAAAGAGAGAGAAAAGGAACUUGGAGAAAAAGCAAAACUUUUCACCAAUGUUUAUGUUAAGAACUUCGGAGAAGAUUUGUCAGAAGAACAGCUUCGCAAUAUGUUUGAGAAGUAUGGUAAGAUAACCAGUUACAAAAUAAUGAACAAAGAUGAUGGCAAGUCCAAAGGUUUUGGUUUUGUUGCAUUUGAAAGUCCGGACGCUGCAGAAGGUGCAGUGGAAGCUCUUAAUGGAAAGGAAAUCGUCGAAGGAAAGCCACUAUAUGUUGGACGUGCGCAAAAGAAAGCAGAACGUCAACAAGAAUUGAAACGUCGGUUUGAAGCUUUAAAAAUGGAACGGCUUAACCGUUAUCAAGGCGUCAAUUUAUACGUCAAAAAUUUAGAUGAUACCAUCGACGACGAACGCCUUCGUAAAGAAUUCGCUCCGUUUGGAACCAUAACCUCGGCAAAAGUAAUGAUGGAAGAAGGGCGCAGCAAAGGUUUUGGUUUCGUCUGCUUUUCUUCUCCGGAAGAAGCUACAAAAGCGGUUACAGAAAUGAAUGGGAGAAUUGUGGGUUCCAAGCCGUUAUACGUUGCGCUAGCUCAAAGAAAAGAAGACCGAAAAGCUCAUUUGACUUCCCAGUAUAUGCAACGUAUGGCCAAUAUGCGGAUGCACCAAAUGGGUCAAUUUAUUCAGCCUGGAGCGUCCAGUGGUUAUUUUGUCCCAACCAUUCCAGCUCCUCAAAGAUUCUACGCCGGAGCACAAAUGGCGCCAAUUAGAACCAGUCCAAGAUGGCCAGCGCAGAAUGCCGUUAGACCAGGAGCCCAGGGUGGAGCUACUGCAUACAGUAUGACCAACUCUUACAGAGCCGCUGCUCGUCCGCCAAAUCAAACAAUGGCUAUGCGUAGCAAUAUUAACGUACCCAGGCCUAUCACAGGACAACAACCGCCUAAUAUGCCCGGAAGACCCCUUGCAGGACAAACUGGAGUUGUUUCUGCUGCUGGAAGCAGAACCGCUACUUUCAAGUACACUUCCAACAUGCGCAACCCACCUCAGUCGAUGGGAACUCUGCCAGCUGCGCCAGUUCAACAGGCUGUGCAUAUUCAAGGGCAAGAACCUCUUACUGCCACUAUGUUGGCUGCUGCUCCCCCUCAGGAACAAAAGCAGAUGUUGGGAGAAAGAUUGUUUCCACUCAUCCAGCGCAUGUAUUCUGAAAUGGCUGGGAAAAUCACAGGUAUGUUGCUAGAAAUUGACAACACCGAGUUGUUGCACAUGUUGGAGCACAACGAGUCAUUGAAGAACAAGGUAGAAGAGGCUGUUGCUGUGUUGCAAGCCCAUCAAGCCAAGCAGGCCGUUAUCAAGAAGGAUUAAGAGGCCUAGCAAAGGCCAAAUUAAUUUUUUUGAAAAAAUGUUUUAGUUUAGGAAAUGAAAAAAAAAUUGAAAAACAUAAAAAAGCAAAAAAAUAAGCAAAAGAAACAUAACUAAAUCUUAGUUAGUCACGCAUUCUUGUAUUUUGCCUUGUCGAAAAGUAAUUUUUAACAUUGGGAAAUAUUAGGAAAUGUGAAUACAAAAAACAUCAUAUAAGAACUAUGGUUUGUAACUUUUUUGCUUGUGUAUUUUAAUCACUUUGAUUUUCAAUUAUCUAUUUUAGUAGUUGAAUUAUUAUUUAGUCUUGCUCUGUUAAAAACAUUUAACAAAUUUUUCUUUCCCGCCUAGUUCAAUAUUCCAAUGUAAGACUGUAUAGGUUCAAUCUUUUAUUAUCUUUGAGUUCAAUACAAUUUAUGACAAAUGUAGUAGUUUUAAUAAGCUGGGGAUAUGGUAAUUUACUAUAUCAAGACUAUGAAAACAAAAUUUAAUUGUUAACUGGCAUUGAACUGAAAUUACAAACUUUUGUUGAUCAAAAGAUUAAAUUCAAGAUUGCAAAGCGAUUUUUUUAAUGUACGUCCAGUUGCAACAGGAUUUUAUUUUCAAAUUCUUUACUCCACCAGCUGUUGUUUAUAUUUUAAUCAUUGUAAAUUUCAAUUUGUAUCAAAAUGAGUUGUAAUUUUCAUUUUUGAUGGUUUAUGGAAUAAUCGAAUUUUGACAUAAUAAACAUUAAAUAAGCA